UGCGAGUUUUUAAUCCAAUUAAUAAACUGUGUUUGUGAAAUUAAUUGCUGGAAGGUGUGUGUGCCUAAGCUACAAGCUGCAAGUGGCGGCCCUGGACGUGCUGUAAAAUCCAAAACCGGAUCUCCGUGAACUCAUCUUUGUGACGUCGUCUAUUAUUGUAGUAUUGUUGUAUUAAUCAUAGUUAAUUAGUCGCGAAAAUGGUUACGACUACGGCGAUCGCCGAUCUGUGCAUCUUUGUGCUCACCUGGAAUGUUGGAACUCAUUCGCCCAGGAAUUUGUCGCUGACAUCGCUGCUGGCCUUGAAUGGAACCACCAACUGUCCGGGCAACCAGCUGCCCGACAUUUACGUCAUAGGCUUGCAGGAGGUCAGCACCAAGCAGGUGCUGAACAUCUUUAAAGACGACCCGUGGGUGUUGGAAAUAGCCUCCCAUCUGGAGGAUCACGAGUACUUCAAGGUGGACUCGAAGCAGCUCCAGGGAAUUCUGAUAACGAUGUUUACCAAACAUAAGCACAUUACCCACAUGAAGAACAUUGAAACGGAGGCGACCAGAACAGGCCUAGGAGGGCUGUGGGGUAACAAGGGUGCAGUAAGCAUCCGGCUCAGUCUGUACGGAACUGGAGCUGUCUUUGUGUGUUCCCAUUUGGCGGCCCACGACGACAAGCUGAAGGAACGUAUUGAGGACUACCACCAGAUAGUGGACAACCACAAGUACCAAGCCUCGGGCUAUCGUCGGAUCUUUGACCACGAUUUUGUCUUCUGGUUUGGUGACCUCAACUUCCGGCUGUCCGGCGACAGCAGUGCAUGGGACGUGAGGACCGCCGCAGAGGGUAUGCGCUAUGACGAGCUGCUCAAGCAGGACCAGUUGAACCUGCUGAGGGAGACGGGGAAUGCCUUUAGCUUGCUGGAGGAGCAGGCCCCCAACUUUGCCCCCACUUUUAAGUUCAUUGAGGGCACCAAUGACUACGACCUGAAGCGGCGCCCGGCCUGGUGUGAUAGGAUCCUGCAUCGCGUGCAGCGCAACAUUUAUCCGGCCGUUACUCUGAGCGCCACCCAGCUGUCUUAUCAGUCGAAUAUGGAGUAUACGCUCUCCGACCACAAGCCCGUAUCUGCGACAUUCAACUACAAAGUAGAGACUGCUAAUCAGACCGACGAGGAGUUGCAUGAAAUGACCCAUGCCGGCGCCUCAACCCCCGGUACACCAAAUGUUAGUUUGACCUUCGCCUUUAUCGUGCUUGUAGCUUUGCCUUAUUCUCAACUCUGAUUUCGCUUCUUUUGUAGUUGUUUAAUGCGCAGCUAGAGCAAUGGUGAUGCAAUCAUGACGUCAAUUAAUUGUUAUAUCCCUGUUAAUGCUUUUAAUGUCGAAUCUAAGCAAUAUCCAUUAUUGAAUGUGAUUUCCUUACAGAAAAAAUCUGUGAAACGAAUAUAUCAAGAGUACAAUGUGAAGGAAUCUCUUUAAGUCUAAGUAGCAAUCACUCAAUCAAGCAAUAUCUCAAGUGUCAAACUCCAAGUGCGAUUUAUAUAUAUAUA